CUUCAGAAGAAAUGAAACUAAAAGUCUGUCGGGGUGUUGGCCACACAGCCGUUCAGUCAAGUCUGUUUGUCUCUAAACUAAAUCCAUCAGAUCUUUGUCAACCACACAGCAGAGUCUCUGUCAAACAGUGACAUGGCUGCUGCAAACCCUCAUCAGUCUGAGGAUCAGUUCCUGUGCUCCAUCUGUCUGGAUGUCUUCACUGAUCCCAUCACCGUACCAUGUGGACACAACUUCUGCAAAAACUGCAUCACUCAACACUGGAACACCGGAGACCAGUACCUGUGUCCGAUGUGUAAGAAGGCCUUUAACACCAAACCAGAGCUGCAUGUCAACACGUUGCUCUCAGAGAUGGUCGGUCAGUUCAGAGAUAAAGCUCAGCAGGAAGCCAGCAGCAGCUCGAAGCAACCAGAGUCCAAACCAGGAGGAGUUCUCUGUGACGCCUGCACUGGAACCAAACUAACAGCCCUCAAGUCCUGCUUGGACUGCCUGGUCUCCUACUGUCAGACUCACCUGGAGCCUCACCUGACAGCUCCACGGCUGAAAAGACACCAGCUGAUCCACCCCGUGGAGAACCUGGAGGACAGGAUGUGUUCAAAGCACGAUAAACCUCUGGAGCUGUUCUGUCAGACCGAUCAGACCUGCGUCUGCGUGCUCUGCUCCGUUUUAGACCACCUGACGCACAAGUUUGUUCCCCUGAAGGAGGAAUAUGAAGGAAAGAAGGCAGAGCUGGAGGAGAAAGAGGCUGAAAUCCAGCAGAUGAUCCAGAAAAGACGCCUGAAGAUUCAGGAGAUCAAAGACUCGGUCCACCUCAGUAAGGAGGCUGCAGACAGGGAGAUCACAGAAGGUGUUCGAGUCUUCACCGCUCUCAAGGAGUCUGCUGAGAGAGGCCAGGCCCAGCUCAUCAACACCAUCCAGGACAAACACAAGACUACAGAGAAACAGGCCCAGGCUUUCAUCCAAGAGCUGGAGCAGGAAAUCUGUCAGCUGAUGAAGACAAGUGCUGAGGUGGAGCAGCUCUCACGCUCCAAAGACCACCUCCAUCUGAUCCAGGGAGUCCAGUCUGUCAGUGCUGCUCCACCAACCAAAGACUGGACAGAGGUGAACGUCCACCAACCUCUUUAUGAGGGGACGGUGCUGAGAGCUGUGGCUCAGCUGGAGGAGACUCUCAGAGAAACGAUGAAGAAGAUGGUUCAAGCUGAGCUGAAGAGAGUCCAGCAGUAUGAGGUGGAUGUGACUCUGGAUCCUGAUACAGCAAAUCCUUAUCUCAUCCUGUCUGAUGAUGGGAAACAAGUCUACUACAGUGAAGUACAAAAGAAUCUCCCAGUCAACCCAGAGAGAUUCUCUGUAGAUCCUUGUGUUUUAGGAAAGCAGAGUUUCUCUUCAGGCAGAUUUUACUACGAGGUUCAGGUUGAAGGAAAAACUGAAUGGGAUUUAGGAGUAGCCAGAGAGUCCAUCAACAGGAAAGAGAACACCCCACUGUGUCUUGAUGAGGGUUACUGGUCUAUAUGGCUGAGAAAUGGAAAUGAAUAUAAAGCUCUUGAUGACCCUCCAGUUACCCUCCCUCUGAAGACUCGUCCUGAGAAGGUGGGGGUGUUUGUGGAUUAUGAGGAGGGUCUGGUCUCCUUUUAUGAUGUAGAUGCUCCAGCUCUGAUCUACUCCUUUACUGACUGCUCCUUCACUGAGAAACUCUUCCCCUACUUCAGUCCCAGUAAUAAUGAUAGAGGUAAAAACUCUGCACCUCUGAUCAUCUCUCCUGUGAUUGUAGAAUAGUCACCUAUUUAAUGUACUGUUCAUUUUUAUCCAAGGGUUAAAGGUUGCAUAUAAUCACAUUCUUAGUAGUCGGAAAUUCAUUUAGCUACGGUGUUCCGCAAGGAUCAAUCUUGGGUCUGUUGUUGUUCUCUGAUUACAUGUCUCUUCUGGGGUAAACCCACAAGUAACUGCUGUGCAUAAUAGCACUUUUAUGCAGACGACACCCGCCUACGUUUCCCAUCGCAUUCCACCAAUCACAGCAAUCUAGAUUGACUGAACUUCUGAUAUUAUUUGGAAGACGUUUCACUACUACGUAAUGCUAAACUUAAUAUAUAUAUAUAUAAAAAUAAACGUAUACUUAUAAAUAUAAUCUUGCAGAGUUUGGCCAUUAUUUUGCUUACUUUCCCUCGGCAGCAUAAUUUGAAAACACUGUCCCUUUAUCCUUAGAACUGAUCAAACUGUAAGGCACACAUUUGAACCUGAGUUUUUCUUGAUAAUAUGGUUAAAAAAGUUUCUUAAACAAAUUUAUAAGAAGUUAAUCUCCAAAAUCAGACUUAUUAUAUUUUACUGAUUGUCAAGGUUGUGUGUUUUUAAUUUGUUCUUUUUAGAACUUUCUCUGCCAUCUACUCUGGGUCUCAGCCUGUGUAGCCUGUGACUUUUUAACCCCCAUAAUCCUGGGUGCCUCCUCACAUUAGCAGAUCAGGUCUGCUGGUUGUGUCCAGAGCCAGAUUGAACACUGAGUGUUGUUGGACUUUUGGAGUCAUUAGAACUUUGGACUGGCCUUCCUGCUGAAAUCAAACUCUGUCACUACUUUUUAAAGGCUUUUUGAUGUUUGUAAAUUUACUUGAUAACCCUUUUAAAUGUAUAAGUUCAUUUCCCCUUACUAUUUGAGACCACCUGUGAAGCAUUUACUGACUUUGCAAAGAAAAUUGGUGUAAAUAUUAUUACUAUUAUUAUUGAUGCCACUACAUCACAGAGUUAUCCUCCAGCCAAUUGUCUCAACGUUUAUAGGGGUGUACCAAUCAGCAUUUUUAAACUGUGCUCAAGUCUUUCAAUAUUUUUCAUGUUGUACAUUUUCUGUUUUUAACUAUGUAAACCACUCUGAAUUUCUUUGUGUAUGAAUGGUGCCCUCAAAUAAACCUGC